GGGCAGUGACUGCUGGAGUCCCAGCCUCACCUUCUGUGCAUAAAUUCCUCAUAUAAGGUGAUUAAAAAUCAGCUAUAGCAGGAGAGCUCUGGGCUCGGGGAAAUCCUCCUCAGACCUGACUGGGCUUGCUUAAAAAGUGCGAUCUGUCUCAAGUAGCCACGAUGAAGAAGAGACCUGGGAGCAGAAUUGAUGUUACGGAUGAAGCAGCUGAUUAAAGCCUCCCCUGUAUCUUCAGAAUGAUUUUUGAGGACAUGGUAAAGAGGAACAGCAUGCAGUUUGAUGUUUGCUAAAAAUAAAUGCUUGAGAGAGAAAGAAAAGUCACUGUCUUUGUGAGAGGGCUUCAUGGAACUCUGGUGAUCCCUGUUGCUCACACUUGUCACCAUGCUGGCAGAAGGCAUCCUAACGAGGAUCAUCUAUAGAGAAAUCUGUCAUCAAGAUAAGCCUUGCAAAUCUCCUGCUUCCCGAAAGGCUAAAGAGGGAAUCUGGAGACAGAAACUUGCAGACAUCCCAAAAAUUAAAGGCUUUGAUGAUGGAUGUGAGAAGCGGGAGGAGCUCUCUGCCAGAAGCAGCAAAGUGGAAGCCAGGGACAGUCCCCGAUGGGGAUUCACAGAAAAGGAGCCUGCAAAAGAUCAGGAAAUGGUGGUUAAAGGAAAUGCCUCCCCAGCUUUACAUAUCCCCAAGAGAGGAGGAAGCCUAGACCAGGUGGAUUUGUACAGAUCCUGGCCAUGCAACAGCAUUUACCAGAACUACCCUGACCUGCAGAUCGGGGGGGACCAUGUGGGGGGCCACACGUGUGACUCGGGCUGCGUCCUGGACCAUGUGUGGGAUGAACUUCCUGAUGGACCCGUCCUGCUCUCUGCAGAUAUCCCCCUGGGUCAGUCCCCUCUGUGUGAGCAUCCCAAAAAACCCAGCGGGAUGUCCCUGCCUGGAGAUGAAGCUGGAGAAAGGAGCCUCGUGCUCAGUGAGGAGCCCCUUUCCAACUCCACGCUCAACAAGUACAUGGAAGCCAAAGUGGCAGAGCUCUACAAACAGUUUUUUGAAGAAAGCCUGGCCAGGUGUGGUUCCAUAACAAACCUCCUCACCUGCAGCUGGAUAAGGAACAGCCUGGACCAGAUAAGUGUUCAGAUCUCCCAGGAGCAGAACAUAGAAACCUCCAAAGCCAGAGGAGCCCUCUUGCACUCGUUGGCUUUGUUCAGUUCCCGCAAUGCUCCCAACAGGAACAGCUCCGAGUUCAGCACCCCAAACCUCCAAGUCUCCAACGCAGUGGAUGCAAAAUGGAGCUGCAGGAUGGAAUUCACAUCCUGAAGGAGCUGCUCAGCUCAGGAGAGGGGUGGGAAUCAGCUAUGAAUGUUUCACUCUAAAGAUUAGGUCGGGGAAAUGGAAACAUUUGCACACUACACUUGCUCUAGUGAAUAUUUUAAGUCUUAAACCCCUUUGGUAGCAGGGGAAGUAAAAGUCACUGUUGUCUGUUUUCUAAUGGAGAAUUUGAAAUCAAUUUCUCUCCAAAAUACUGGUUAAUCACGUUUUUAUGAUAUAUAUAGAAUCGUAGAACUGGUAAAGUUGGAAAUGACCACUAAGAUCAUCAAGUCCGACCAUCAACCCAGCACCACUAAAUCCCAUCCUCAGGUGCCACAUCCACACAUAAAAGCAUUAAUUUUCUGCAAAAUCAG